ACCGAUUGUCGAGAUGGCGGCGACGUGAUGUUUACACUUUUUAUAACUUGAAUGUGAUUGUUUGCAAACAUUAUUUCCAAUGGCUACUCAAAACCAGUGGAAUGGGUGUCAUCCCUAAUGAGUAGGUUUGAAGAAAGGUUACCGAGUCGUGCGGGGCCUCAAACAUGUACUACAAGAGUGAACGAAGAAAACUCAAAGGAGUGUCUCAUCCAGAUCAGUCGAUACCGUUUUUCUCUUGUCAUUUCUGGCCUAACAAAAAUUCUUCAACGAGUCAACGAAACGUUCUUGGCUAUAAUGUCUGGAUCGAAGCCUCAUGGCCCUGAAAUGGAGAAGAACUGCUACGAAUCCUUGUUAAUUGUCCUUGAUACACUGGAAAGGUGUCUUUCAAAUCAACCGAAAGAUACGACAAGAUUUGACGAGACAAUGAACGUAAAAAUACUAUUGCGUGAAAUUUGUCAAUUUCUAGAAGUCCCCAUCCAUAAUGAUUUCACAAAUCAGCAACUGAAAACUCUCGCAUCAAAAGUAUUGUUUGCUCUGAGUAUUAAUUUUUUCAAUGCUGUCUUCAACAGAAUAUCUGCGAGGCUACAAGAGCUAAGUACAAGCACAGAAGAAAAUCCAGAUUACAGUGAUAUAGAACUUAUCCAUCACAUCAAUGUUGAUAUUAUCAAACUAGUAAAGCUUCUGAAUGAAUCUAUAUCAAAGUUCAAACUUCUAAAGAAAUCUGCUCACCAAGUGCUCAUGGCUGCUUUAGAAAAGGCGAUAUGGAAUUGGAUGGAUGUGUAUCCACACGAGUUUGCUGAAGUUCAGAAAUGUCCCAACGAAGACCUUGUGAAAUGUUGUGAAGCGCUGUUUGAUAUAUUGGAUAGUUUUGCUGAUGCGAAGAAAGGCAGAGCCACUCAUGCUUGGCCUCUGCAAAUGAUGGUGCUCAUUCUUUCGCCUAAAGUGCUGGAAGAGAUAGUGAAUGCCGACUCGGGUGCCCCCUGCUCGCCACGACAUUCCAAGAAGAAACUGUUCAUCGACUCUGUGAGAAGGGCUGUCAGCUCACCGAACAACAGCAAACAGCUGACAGAAGCUGCUGUCGUCACGUGUGUCAAAUUGUGCAAGGCAUCCACCUACAUCAACAAUCUGGACUCGAACAAUGUCGUCUUCACUCUUGUGCAGAGCGUCAUCAAUGAUCUCAAGGUAUUACACCAUUAUUUGCCCAAGUGAUUAAAAAUGCACGGU